ACAAGCUUAUUUACCCACUAACCACGAGCCACCGUCGUUAACGUUCGAAAUUCAGUGUAGAUUUCACCCGGGAUGGUUGCACGAAAAUUGGAGUGCCGCGAUAAGAUAACAAUUUUUACUUCAUUGCUUCGAUUGUAGAUCAAACCAAAUUCGAGUUUUCAAACAUCAGAAAUCGAGUCAAGUUAAGUUUCACCAGUCAAACGAAAUCGCAUUAGUGCUUUGUCGUGAUUGGUUUAAAGGUUGACAGGUGACCUUCGUUGCGUCACGUUAUACCGUGUGUUGGUGGAAAAGUGGUUAUGUGUGUGCGAUGCGCCGGUGAAAAUAGAUAUCCUUUUAAUUCCGUCGGUGACUUAGUUUUUUUGCAGUCUAAAAAUGGGCCUUUUCGCCAAAACGCUGCUGGUAAUGGCCUGCGCAUUCUCAGCGUCGUGCGUAUGCGACGACAAAACCGAAAGUCUCACUACGGAACUGCAGCUCGACGAUCUCGAACUGGCUGACGCGUGCGAGUCCAUAUCUUUGGGCAAAAAAACCGCGUUACUGACCGGCAAUUUCCAAGACGUGCUGGCCGCCGAAGAAAAUUACGGGGACAUGCUCAAAGUGCACGCGGAAACUUUGAGAACCUUCGACUACGUGGCGGACGAUUUGGAGAGGAACGUUACGUACCAAAUCAAACCGGGCGACGGAAUUUUACCGAAAUCUGACUGGAGUAAAUUGGUUCAGUUCAAGAACCGAAUGGCAGAGGUCGCGAACCAAGCGAAAGUACCUUGCGUGAACGGUACCAAAGGCUGCUUCCUGUCCAGGAAAGACUACCAAGAGGUCCUUCGGGACUCCAGGAACGCCACAGAGCUCGGGAAUACUUGGUCCGCUUGGCAAACGAUCUACAACGUUUCGGACGUGGAGAAACUUGGCCAAAACCUUCAUCUGGUCCGGGUUGCGGCCGCGUCGAACGGUUACGAAACCGCCAGGGAGUAUUGGGAAUUCCUCGCUAAUUAUCCCGGAGCGUACGCGAUGGCCGAAGAACUGUGGGAGGAGCUGCGGCCCCUUUACGUCAAACUUCACGCGUUCGUCAGGCGGCGAUUGUUGAAAUAUUUCCAAAUUGAAGGUGAUUCGCUGGACAUACCCGCCUAUUUAUUAGGCGACAGGUUUGGAUCGGACUGGAGCGAGGUUGCCGACAUUGUCCUGCCCCAUCCCCAGCUGCACUUCGACGUCGAAUCGUACCUCAAAUUCAAGAACGUCAAGGAAAUUUACCGGCUUGCUGAGCGCGGCGUGGAGGCUCUCUCGCUGGGCGACCUGGGGGACUCGUUCUGGCGGAACAGCGAUUUCGACGCGUCUGCGUGCGGCCCCGAAAUCCUCGAGUUUUACUCGCAGCAGUACACCGAGAUCCGCGAGUGCAACAGGUCCGCCUGGGUUACAUACCUGGACGCCCACGAGGCCGCCAUCCGCGUGGCCCUCAACAACAAAGACCACCAGUCGCUGCCACGUCAAAACUUGCGGUACUCGGCGAUCGACGAGGCUUUGUACGCGCUCGGGUCAUUGCUGGCAGUCGAAAGCUUGCAGUACCACGGGAUAGUGGAGGGGGGCGUGGCCGGCGGCGAGAACUCGGUGGAGAUGACGAAACUCCUGCUGACCGCCAUGAGGAUGCUGCCCGGGAUGCCUUACCAUUUGGCCGUGGACAUUUGGAGGCUGCGGGAGGUCGAUGGUGGGGCUGGCAACCUGACCCAGAGUUGGUGGAGGUACAGGAGGGAGUACCAAGGGGUCGGGGGCGUGACCGACCGCGAGACCGAUUUCUUCGGUGACGGUUACGUGCUGUUCAACAAACCGCAUGUGAGCAAUUUCUUUGGCGUAAUUUUGGCUUUCCAACUCUUGGAGUACUACAGGGAGCAGUCCGAGGACCCGUCCCGUAUCGUCGAAGAUAUCGGCAAGGACGAAACGUUCGCGACCUUGAUCAAGGAGAGAUCCACCACCGACUGGCCGUACAUCCUGACGUUCAACUACGGCCUGGAAAUGACGGCAUCGGCGCUAUUGAAGUAUUUUCAACCUCUGGAAGCGUAUUUGGAGACCGCCCCCGACGAGCAGAUUCCCGUGGUGACUACGACUACCACCACCACCACUACUACUACGACGACGACUACGACUACCAGUACUGGGAAGCCGCCGACUACGACCGGUGGCGUGGAUGGUAGAGCGGUUAACGAUCGGCCCGAUCAGCCCCGGGACGCGGACUUUGUGGGAGCGGGGAGUAGCGAGGCUGGUAUGUACGCGGGACUAAGCGUGCUCGUCCUGGUGGCCGUUUUUCUGGCCGGCGGGUUUACGUACAAAGUUUUACGGAAGAAGAGGAGGACGAACAAUAGGAGGUUCGACACGUAGCAGGAUCUGGAGAGAAGUGGGGGCGACCUCCCGUUUAGUGCUGUGAUUAUAGUUAAUUUAUUGUCGAUAAGGCGGGGCUCGACGGAAUUGAGCCGAUUAUGGCGGGACAUCACAACCAAAUGUCUGACUAUAGCAUUAAGGUUAUUAU